AUGGCACCUUUGUCACCAUCGAUGCCAAUCAUCAUCGGGAUCGGCGAGAUCUGCCAGAGGGACUUCACUAUCGAAACAUGCAGUGAGCCGGCUGAACUCAUCUCAUCAGCCAUCCGCGGUGCAUUCCAGGACUCUGGUAUUGAUUCCAUUGAAAGAAUAGAUAGCAUUUCAGUCGUCCCACCAUGGUCUUGGAACUACGAUGACCUGCCGAAGUUGCUUGCACAAAGACUUAGCAUCCAACCAUCUCACCUUGAACUCUCUAAACAUGGAGGAAAUACACCUGCUCUCCUUUGCGAUAAAGCAGCAGCCAGAAUCGCUUCUGGGAAAUCCAAAAUGGCUGUUGUUACAGGAGGAGAAGCAUUGGCCUCGCUAUUCGCAUGUCAAAAGGCUGGGAGAUUACCUCCACCAGGAUGGACAGCCGUAGACCCCAAUGCUAAACGAUAUAGUCCUGGGGAUACUUCACUUAAACAAGGAGCUGGUGCGACACAUUCUAUCGGCAAUCCGAUCCAAGUAUACCCUCUGUACGAAAACGCAUACAGGAAGCAAAAUCAGCAAUCCUAUGUAGAGAACCACAAUGAAUCAGCCGAGCUUUAUUCCCAGUUCGACAAGAUCGCAUGUCAGCAUCCUAACAGUUGGAGAGCAGGCGAAACCCCCAGAAGUCUUGAAGAUAUCAAGACAGUGAGCAAACGAAAUAGGAUGAUAUGUACACCUUAUCCACUGUUGAUGAACGCAUUCAAUGGAGUCAAUCUAGCUGCUGCUUGUAUCAUCACGUCAACGGAAUACGCUACCGAGUUGGGAGUACCGCGCGAGAAAUGGGUGUAUAUAACCGGUGGUGCUGGCUCCAACGACAGCCAAGACUUCUGGGAGCGAAAGGAUUAUCACUCAAGUCCAGCUAUUGAGUAUUCCAUCGACAAUGCUCUCAAGGCCGCCGGACUCGCUAAAGAUGAGAUAGACUGCUUCGACUUCUACUCGUGUUUCCCUAUUGUACCGAAGAUUGCUUGCAAGCACGUUGGACUUGACCUGCUGGAUCCAAAGAAACCCAUCACACUCCUGGGUGGAUUGACUUCAUUCGGUGGCGCCGGUAACAAUUAUUCACUACAUGCCACUGCAGAGAUGGUCAGAGUUAUACGCAAUGGCAAAUAUCAGAACGGUCUAGUCCUUGCCAAUGGCGGAGUUCUAUCCUGGCAACACGCCAUCUGUCUCUCAGCGCAACCGAAGAGGAAUGGCUCACCUUACCAAGUACAAAACGUUCUCGACAAUGGGCAAAUGUCUCAAGGUCCGGCGUUCACUUCCAAGGCACAAGGCAAAGCCAUUAUUGAGACAUACACUGUGGAUCAUGAUCGAAGUGGCCCGAAAUUGGGGCAUAUUGUAGGAAGGCUUAUUGAAACUGGGGAGAGGUUCAUUGCGAAUCAUGGUGAUGAAAUGACUUUGUCGGCUCUGGUGAGUAUCAGCACUGAACCAAUUGGUAUGAAAGGCUUCGUCGAAGUCGGCUCUGAUGGACGAAAUUUGUUCUCUGUUGAUCCACCGGUAAAGCUGUAG